UUUGUCGAAGACUGCGAGCGGCUCGAUCAGUCGCGGUUUCGCAGUCUUUCGAUGAGAUUCCACGAGUGCGGUAUACCCUGUGCCGGAUUGGAUUAAGUAAUUAAGACGGAACUACUCUAGAGAGGUCAAGCGUCGAAUUCCGGGUUGUCAAUUGGUGAAUUAAAGUGAGUGAGAGCGAUUGAAACGUGAGAAUCGCCAUCUGAUGACGUUACUGAACUGAUAAGCUCGACCGGGGUUCAACAAAGAAGCGACGUCAUGGAAGUUACAAACCACACAGGAUUUCUGCUGCAGACCAUGCUGUAUAUGUCGAAUCAUCAGUGGAACAACAGCCUGUACAAUACGAUCCAUAACGUGUCGUCCGCGAGCAAUAACACAUUGCCCUACAACGACAAUCUUACCCGUUGUUACGGCGUUUACGGGUGCUUCCCGUUGGAAUAUCCAUGGGUCGAUGAGAAGCGUCCCAUCGCCUACCAUCCGAGACCGCCCGCUCAGGUGGACGUUCGAUUUCCGAUCUUCAACAAACCGAUUCGCGAGCAUCCCAAGUUCAUAGACAUCAACGAUCCGGAUGAUGUCCGGCACCUGGGCAUCAAUCCCAAGGGAUGGCUGUAUGUCGUCACCCACGGCUACAUCGAAUCGGGCGAUCGACCUUGGAUUCAGGAUUUUAUGCAAACCUUUUUGAAUAAUGACCCCGAUGGAACGGCCUCCGUGAUGGUCAUCGAUUGGCGCAAAGCUUCGAUUCCUCCGUACACGCAGUGCGUGGCGGACAUUCGUCUAGUCGGCGCCAUAACCGCCCACGUGAUCCAUAUGAUCUACCAGGAGCUGGGAAUGCGAAACCUCGAUAAGGUUCACAUCCUAGGUCACUCUUUGGGAGCCCACGUGUGCGGCUACGUGGGCUACUACCUUCAGAGGGACUUUGGUCUGAAACUGGGACGCAUCACCGGAAUGGAUCCGGCCGAACCAAUGUUUUCCGAUACUGAUCCGAUAGUACGGCUCGACGCCUCAGAUGCCAAGUUCGUGGACAUCAUCCACACGGACGCCACUCCGUGGAUUCAACGAUGGCCACGCCCGGGUGGACUCGGGUUGUACCAAGCGAUAGGUCACGUCGAUUUCUAUCCGAACGGGGGUAACAAUCAGGCCGGUUGUGAUGACUCGAUACAGAAGUUCAUCAACAAACAGAACGAUUCGUUCUUCUGGGGCUUUCAGGAGUUUUUCGGUUGCAACCAUCUGCGGUGCCACCAGUUAUAUACCGAUUCCAUUCCGCAACGGUGCCCAUUCAUGGCCAUCGGAUGUGAGUCGUUCGAGAAAUUUAUGGCCGGCGACUGUUUCGAGUGUGAUGAAGACGGACAUUACUGUAUCGAUUUCGGACCUAAUGCGUGGAAAACCUACCAGAGGUUGAUUGAAAAUGGUGUGAUGGUCGAACCAAGCACUAUCCGGGCUUACAUGAUCACGGGGGAUAACUCUCCAUACUGUCGAACGCACUACAAGGUAACAAUGUUGGUGUCGGAUAGCGAGGAGAGUCUUGUCCACGGAGGUGAAAUCGGAAAGAUGGCAGUGGAGAUUGUGGGGAAUAAAAGGGAACGUUCUGGCCGAAUGGACCUGUCCCAGGAUCCGGUUUACUUUGAACCGGGCAAGAACUUCUCUGCUGUGGCAGCCGGAAAGGAUGUCGGGUUGCCGAAGAAGGCUUUCCUCAGCUGGGAAUACAAGACCAAUCCGAUGAAUCCCUUUACCUGGCGAGUGAUGAAUACGCCUCGUGUCUACGUGGCGUACAUCGUAGUUCAAACGCUGGAACACAGGUCGCGGCAGAAGUUUUGCCCGCUGAAUGAGCUGCCGGUGAAAGCAGAUCAGGAAAAUGAAUUCCGAGAGGAAUAUUGCAGUAAAUCAUCUGCAAAUUAGAAAUAGUCAAGUAUUUUAGAAUAAAAAGAUGACAUCUGA